CUUCCCGCAAACGGAACCGCAUCUUUGCAUGUUUCACGGGAGUCUGUGGAGAAAGUCACUCCCAUCGCACCCAUUUCCACGCCGCCAUUCCUACCUCAUCUUUCACAUCCCUCUUCGCAUUCUCAUGACUUCUGCAAAGCCUACAUCGCCGACUGGAUCUCCUCCUCGCUCGCCUACAUUCUCGCGCUUUUUCUCAUUUCUGAAGGGCGCAUCGUCCUCUUCAAUUGCAAACGGAACCUCGUCAAGGAAAUCAAUGGACAAGAAGAACGGCAGCACCAAGAGUGUCCAGGUGGAGAAGAAGCCUCCUCAGACCUUUGUUGGUGCCAUUGACCAGGGAACUUCUUCCUCGAGGUUCAUGGUCUUUAAUGAAAAGGGGGCCAUUGUAACCAUGCACCAAAUGGAGUUUGAGCAGAUUUAUCCAAAGGCAGGAUGGUGUGAACAUGACCCUGAUGUGAUCAUGGGCUCUGUCAAUGAGUGUAUUGCCAAGGUUGCAGACAAGCUCGAAGCCAUGGGCCACUCUGUUACUGACAUUAAAGCUGUUGGAAUCACAAACCAGCGAGAAACGACCGUCGUUUGGGACAAGACGACCGGCAAGCCGCUUCACCACGCUGUCGUGUGGCUUGAUGGUCGUACAAAAGACACUGUCGCGCAGCUCGUUGAGAAAUCAUCUUCAAAGACCACAUCGCACUGGCACGACAGAUGUGGUUUGCCGUUCUCGACCUAUUUCUCUGGUGUAAAGCUCCGAUGGUUGCUCGACAAUGUCGAGGAAGUGCGGAAGGCUCACCAGGAGGGACGCUUGGCCUUUGGUACCGUCGAUUCUUGGCUCAUCUACAAUCUGACUGGCGGAAUCAAUGGUGGGAAGCAUGUGUCCGAUGUGACCAACGCGUCUCGAACCAUGUUUAUGAACAUUCAGACGCUCCAAUGGGACGAUGAGAUCCUCGAGUUCUUUGACGUCAAGAAGGAAGUUCUUCCUGAGAUCGUUUCUUCAGCUGAAGUAUACGGCAACAUUGUGGGAGGGCCACUCGCUGGGAUACCCAUUGCUGGGUGUCUCGGUGACCAACAAGCCGCCGUCGUCGGACAGCGCUGCUUCAAUCCCGGUGAGGUCAAAAACACCUACGGAACCGGUUGUUUCAUGUUGUUCAAUACGGGAGAGAAGCCAGUCAUUUCCACCCAUGGCCUGUUAACCACUGUUGGAUACAAGCUGGGCAAAGAUGCACCCGCCGUGUAUGCAUUGGAGGGCUCCGUUGCCAUUGCUGGCGCGGCAAUCAAGUGGCUUCGUGAUAACCUCAAGAUGAUCAAGGAAGCUCCAGAGAUUAAUGAGCUUGCCGCCAAGGUUGAAGAUACCGGCGGUGUCUACUUUGUCCCUGCCUUCUCCGGCCUCUUUGCUCCCCACUGGCGCGAUGAUGCUCGUGGCUGUAUUGUCGGCCUUACCCAGUUUGCCACCCGCGAACACAUUGCUCGUGCAACACUGGAGGCUAUCUGCUUCCAGAGCAAGGAAGUGCUUGAUGCUAUGAAUGCUGAUGCUGGCCAUGAUCUUGCGCUUCUCAAAGUAGAUGGUGGUAUGACCAAUUCCGAGCUUGGAAUGCAGAUUCAGGCAGACCUGCUUGGAAUUGAAGUUGUCCGCCCAGCGAUGCGCGAAACUACCGCCCUAGGAGCGGCCCUCGCAGCGGGUCUCACUGUCGGUAUUUGGAAAGAUCUCAAAGACUUUUCCGCGCAUGAAACCCCAGAUGUCUUUAAACCAACGAUUGAAGCAGAGGAACGGUCAACCCGGUACGCUAAUUGGAAAAAGGCCGUUGAGCGGUCUCUCGGAUGGGUAUAGAUAACGUUGGGAUAUGAACAUUGAAUGGAUUUUGUUUACAUGGUUUGUAUGACCAACUAGUGUAAUUAUAUGGAACUAAAUCAUAGUUAGAUCUUGGAAAUCAGGCAAAAAAAAAAAUGAUGACAAAUAUUCUGUAACGGACAUUAUAUACAAUGACUUCAUUUCAUCCACCACAA